AUGAUAGGGAAACUACACUCGAUAUUCUCUGAAGCCGGGAGAGGCGGGGACGACUCUACUAUUCCGGGAUACGGGAACCCAGCAACAUCGAAGGUAGUGAAGGACUACUUAGCGGCUAUGAGGGUAGAGCAAUUGGAAGCAGGAAUCGUGCCAACUCAAGCGGAUCCUUUCUUUAUCUCCGACCCGGCGGCGAUAGCAGCUUUUAUUGGCAAACGGGUCAAUGAAAGUGACCUCUCAGCAAACCAACUCUUUGUACUGAUCCGUGAUCGAGCCUUUCUGAAGACGUUAUUCUUCGCAGGAGACAGAGCAAGUGAUCUUGGAAAGGUCAAGACUCAAGAACUGUUGCACUUCCCCAGAAGAGAAGACCUACUAUUCAAUCACGUGCUGACGAAAAGCCCUCGUGAUGGAACUUCCAACUUGUUUUCCCUAAAACGCUACAGGAGAGGCCUGUAA